AUGGUUUGGAAGGUAUUAACAGAAUACCCCAUUGGGAAGAUACUGCAGAAGCCAGACAGUUUGCAAAGAUUGGUCGCUUGGUCUGUUGAGCUCAACGAAUUCGACAUCAACUAUGUGCCUAGGAGCGGUUCUUGGCAGAAGCAGAAGCUGCCCCCCCAUGGGAUACCUUGGCUAGUCUUCUUUGAUGGAUCUGCCUGUCGAGCUGGAGGAGGAAUAUGGAUUUAUAUAAUCAGUGAGGAAGGACAAGAGGACUACUACAUAGCAACACUUACAUUCAAAACCACCAAUAAUGAAGCUAAAUAUGAGGCCCUUAUAGCGAGCCAUUCAGUCGUGAGAGCUUUGGGGGACACCGAAAUUGAAGUGAAGAUACCAAGGGAGGACAACUCAGUAGCGAACAGGUUAGCUAAAGCUGCCUCAGGGACGGAUGAGAUAGAUUUACCUUGGGAGGUACAGAGGAGACUGAUGGUAAUCCCAGCAAUAGGGCUGCAAGUAAACCAAAUGGGAACCAUAGAGUCAAAGUGGGCCAAGGAGAUAGUAAAGUACAUAGACACCAAAAAAUUCCCGAAGGAGAAAGAAAAAGCAAAAAAGAUAAAGAGGAGGGCGGCACGGUUAAUAAGGAUUGAGGGGAUCCUGUACAAGAAAGGAUUUGCCACCCCUAUAUUGAGAUGCUUCUCGCCUGAGGAAGCCCAGUACGUCUUCGCAGAAAUCCAUGAAGGUGUCUGCAUCAACCACUCUAGCGAAAAGGCUUUGGCAAAAAGGGUUGUUAAGGUGAGAUACUAUUGGCUCAACGCCCUCAGGGAUGCCAAGGAGUUUGUAAAUAAGUGCACCAAAUGCCGGAUCUAUGCCCCUAUAUCACGUUGUCCACCCGAGAAGCUUAUUUCUAUCACUGUCCCUUGGCAGUUCACGCAAUGGGAAGUUGAUCUAGCAGAGGCAGAAGCCCUAGCAAUCGUGGCAGUAGAAAGUAUCGGUAAAUUCCUGUGGAAGAACAUUAUCUGUCAUUUUGGAAUCCCUCAAAGCAUAAUCUUCGACAAUAGGAAGCAAUUUGAUUCAAAACAUUAUAGAGAAUGGUGCAAAGAAUUGAGAAUUCAAGCCAAGUAUUCCUCACAGGGGCACCCCCAAGCGAAAGGGCAAGCAGAGGCGACGAACAAAUCCCUGCUUGGGAUUCUAAAAAUGAGACUCACAUACAAGAAGGGAGAAUGGGUGGAAGAACUCACUGGGGUGUUGUGGGCCUACAAAACAACUGUUAAGACCCCAAUAGGUGAAACGCCACCAUUCACCUUGGCUUUUGGGAGUGAAGUAGUCACCCCAGUUGAAGUUGGCUUGCCUACGCAUCGCACUUGCCACUUCAGCCAAUCUGAAAACGGUACGGCACUAAAGGAGCAACUUGACCUCUUGGAGGAGAAAAGGGAUGAGGUUCAAAACAUCCUCAACAAAGGAAAGACGAAGCGCUACUUCAAUAAGCGGGUCAUGCCCAGGACCUUUAGAGUAGGCGAUCUGGUACUCAAAGAAGUAGGGGUGACAAUACAAGACAAAGGAUAG